AUGGCUACACCAUUGCUCCAGACAGACGAAGAAGAAGAAGUUAUAAACUAUGUGCAACAUAGAAGAGCUUCCAUAGCAUCAACGGGGAUCACCAGAAUACCUCUGGGGAUGGUUCGUCAUGAUCCAGAUACUGUAUCUACAUACGGGAGUCUUCGUCCGACUCUCUCUAACAAACGAUAUGACAUUCAAUCAGUGCUUUCACAUCAUUCAGAGCUAGCUCCAGAACCUGAUACACAAAUGAUCAUUGAAAUGUGGGUGCUUUUCAAAUAUUCGUUACCAUUGAUUGUUACCUUUUUACUUCAGUAUUCAUUGAACGUUGCCUCAGUGUUCUCGGUGGGGAGAUUGGGUUCAGCAGAGUUAGCCGCUGUUAGUUUGUCUACUAUGACAGCCAAUAUCACUGGGUAUUCCAUAAUUCAAGGGGUGUGUACUUGCUUGGAUACCUUAUGUGCUCAAGCCUAUGGUCGUAAAGAUUACAAUACUGUAGGAUUAUAUUUGGUUAGAUGUACCAUUCUCUUGUUCAUAGUUUAUGUGUUUGUGUUCAUCCUUUGGAUGUUUGGAAGUGAGCCUAUUUUGACUUUACUUAUAGAAAGCAAUGACCCUAAAAUAGUCAAAUUGGCAAGUGAUUACCUUAAGGUAUUAAGUUUCGGUGUACCUGGUUUCAUUGUUUUUGAAAAUUGCAAACAUUAUUUGCAAUGUAUUGGUAUCUUCCAUGCUCCAACAUAUGUUUUGUUUGUUUGUGCUCCAUUGAAUAUUGUGCUUAAUUACAUUUUGGUGUGGAAUAAUACCAUUGGAAUCGGCUUUCUUGGUGCUCCUUUGGCAGUGGUUAUCACAAAUUGGGUAAUGUGUUUCUCACUUUGUGGUUAUAUUUGGUUUGUAGAUGGUAAACAAUGCCUACCCAGGGACUCUUCAGGGAAGAUUUUAGUUUUCAAUAAGGCUUAUUUACAAAAUUGGCCAAGAAUGAUUGAAUUAGCUGUUCCAGGUGUUCUUCAGGUUUUAGCUGAAUGGUUAGCAUUUGAAAUCAUUACCUUUGUUGCAUCCAAAUUUGGUACUGAAUAUUUGGCUGCCCAAUCUAUCGUUUCCACAACUUCUGUUCUUCUUUAUCAAAUCCCCUUUGCCCUUUCCAUUUCAAUUUCAACAAGAGUUGCUUGGUAUAUUGGAGCUGCAGCUAAGAAAUCUGUUAUGACCACAACCAAAGCUGCCUUGUAUCUUUCUUUACUUUUAGGGUUGAACAAUUGCUGGAUUCUUUGGAGAUUCAGAUACUGGUUGGCUAGUUUAUAUACCAAUGACCCUGAAGUUAUCAAAUUAGCAGCUCCAGUUAUCAUCAUUGCUGCUAUCUACCAGAUUAACGAUUUCGUAUCAUGUUGUACUGGUGGAAUCUUGAGAGGUCAAGCAAGACAAAAGAUUGGAGGUUAUUUAAACCUUGUUGGAUACUAUUUGAUUGCCUUACCUAUUUCCAUUACAUUGGCAAUUCAUUUCAACAUGAAGCUUAUGGGAUUAUGGAUAGGAAUGAUCAUUGCCUUACUCAUUGUGAGUAUUUCCCAAUUGGCAUUUGUUUUAACUAGUGAUUGGGAUCAGGUCAUUAGUCAAUGUAUUGCCGACGGUAUCCAGGAAGAUAUCAACAUCGAAACAGUUUCCAACAGACCAUCUAUGUCGAGUAAAAUGACCCAUGUGUGA